AUGGUGAAGCUAGUUAGGUUCUUGAUGAAACUUCCGGGAGAGACGGUCACGGUGGAGCUGAAGAACGGCACAGUUGUGUCGGGUACCAUCACAGGUGUCGACAUUGCGAUGAACACCCACCUAAAGGCAGUGAAGCUGAUUCCCAGGGGCAAGAACCCUGUCAGCAUGGACUAUCUCAGCGUGAGGGGCAACAACAUACGUUACUUCAUUCUGCCACCCAGUCUGAACCUGGACACCCUGCUUGUGGAUAUCGACCAGCCCAAGCAGAGGCCCAAGAGACCUGAGCGCCCAGUUGGCCGUGGACGGGGCCGAGGGCGUGGACGUGGCAGAGGAAGGAGAUGA